CGUGCAUGGGAUAAAGUAGGGUCGCAUCGGCUGCCAAAAUGAGCAUUUAUUCUCACUUGUGGAGGAUUUUACAGAUACUCUUAGCGACUAUAGUCACGGUCGUCACGCAAGAGCUGGACAGCCAGGAGAUGCUGGACAACCCGGACAGCGUUCCUCCGUUCCCCGUCUUCCUGCCCGUGGGCUUCCAGGUGCGCGACGCGGACUCCGUGCUCUUCCUGAAGGAGGCCGGCCAGGACAUCAUGCGCAACUCCAGCAUGCGGAGCGGCACGCAGGCUCUGCUGGUGGGCCGGGCAGCGGGCGCCCCUCGCCUGCCGAUCCUCAACGUCACCUACGGGCCGCUGGGGGUGCAGCGCAUGAUCACGCCCGACCUGCUGGGCCUGCCGGUGCCGCUGUUCCGGCCCUCGCCGGACGCCUCGGCGGCGGGCUGGCGCGUGCGCUGGCACGUGCUGAGCCGCCACGUGACGUCGCUGGCGCCGUCGGUGCGCGUGCUCUUCUACGUGGCGGGCCGCGCCUGGGACCGCGGCGAGCGGGAGCCGGGAGGGGCGGCCGACCAGCUGCCGUGCGUCACCGUCUUCGCCUUCUGGCAGACGCAGGAGGUGCGUGCCUCGUGUCUGCUGGGCGCGCGCCGCGGGACCUGCCUGGUCGCGCUGGAACCCCCCGCCGGCUGGUUCAGCCCCGUGGUGGCCAGCUCCAGCCGGGAGAGGCUGAGCAUGGAGGCCCCCUCCGCCCGUGGGAACACCGUGGAGCUCUACUACCAGGCCAGGCCCAGCGAGGAGGGCAGGUGCCAGGACGCCGGCGGAAAAGGGGGAGCAGCAGGAGGAGGAGGAGGAGGAGGAGGCAGGGGAGCGAGGGAGAGGGUGCAGCUCAGGGCGGAGUACACCCCCGUCACGCCCAUGACGCGGAUCGGCAGCGUACGGCUGCUGCAGGAGAUGCAGGGCGCAGCACCGGUGACCCAGCUGCGUCUGGGGGACGCCAUCUUCAUCCAGACGUCGUCCAAGCCGCUCAAGCAGACGGACAUCGCCACCUUCUACGUCCUCAUCAGGAGCACUUCGCUGCUGGACACCUUCACUCUCAGAGCUUCACUGAAGAAAGGUGUGUCUUUUCGGACUGCCACACCCAGCAACACAUUGCUAUGGGACACCACCAUGGAUACAAGCGCAGACGGCACCAUCGCUGUCAUUUGUCAGCAGCGGUCAAGUGGUAAAAGGCCCAACAGCAAGCUGCUGGAGAUCCUGCAGCUGGACUUUGAGGUGGAGGAGCUGAGCACGCAGGCCGAGAGCCAGGUGAUCGCCUGGCAGCUGGUGCUGCCGUCGGACGCACGCGCCACGGGGCAGAUGGAGGGCACCAUGAGGAUCUACACCACCCAGAGAGACUUCAUCGGCCUGGCUCCACUCGUGUUGGACACAGAGAUAAUAAACACAGCCAUACUGACGGGAAAGAGGGUCGCUGUGCCAGUGCGGACCGUUGCCGUGGAGGCGAAUGGCUCGGUGACCGAUGUCUCGGACUUCACCGACUGCAGCUCUACUGAUGAAGAUGUCCUCAAGGUGUCAGACCGCUGUGACUAUGUGUAUGUGAACGGUAAAGAGCAGCGGGGGCGAGUGCGGAUGACGGUGAACUUCACCUACAGCUACCUGAGCGCCCAGCUGGAGAUGAGUGUGUGGGUCCCACGCCUGCCCCUGCAGAUCGAGCUCUCCGACAACGAGCUCAGCCAGAUCAAGGGCUGGAGGAUCCCCAUACAGGCCACUAAAAGGCUGGGCUGGAGCAGUGAUGAGGAGGACCGUAAGGGAAAAGGCUGCAUGCUCCAGUUUCAGCACGCCCUGGUGCGCGUGGUCACCCAUUUCGUGGCCGAGCAGUCGGAGGCGCGUGGCAGCGGCCCUCGCGAGCCCCUGGCCAUCUUCCUGGGCUCUGACUGGCAGGUGGACGUCACCAAGCUGGUGCGCUACUUCCUGAAGGUGGAGGACCCGCGCAUCGCCAGGUUGCAGGCUGGCAGGGUCCUGUCUGGGAAAGACGUGGGCACCACCAAAAUACAGGUCUUCUCCCCGCUAUCGGACUCCAUCCUGGCGGAGCGUACAGUGCGCGUUCUGGAGGAGCGGGUCAGCAUCAUGGAGCUCGGGCUGCAGCUGGUCAGCGGCCUCUCGCUCAGCCUGCAGCUCAGCCCCGGCAGCGACAGGGCCGUCCUCGCCACGGCAACCACGCAGGAGGAGCUCAGCAACCCCAAACAGGAGGCAGUGUUGAGCUCCUGGCUCCAGUUCAGCGACGGCUCUCUCACCCCGCUGGACUUCUACGACCCCACGCACUACCGCCUGUCCGUCACCUCCCUGGACGAGGGCGUGGUGUCGGUCCAGGGCGAGCCCCCGGCGGUGAGCGUGGUGGCAGAGGGCGAGGGCCAGGGGGCGCUGGUGAGGGUGGAGAUGGGCAUCUGCGAGGCAUGCCACAAGUCCAAGAGGAAGACCGUGCUGGCCGUGGGCCUCGGGAGCCUGAAGGUCAAGUUCCAGGUCGGGGGUAGGCGCGCGGGCAGUGGCGGGGGCAACCGAACUGGCGCGGAAGAAGGUGGCGGAACAGGCCCGGGAGGCGGGACGACGGGGAAGGAUGGCGGGAGCGACUAUGGCAACGACGGGGAGGAGGUGGCGGAGGGGAAGCAGCCAGGUUCGGCACUGCCAGGAACGGGUACGGAGCAGGACGUGGCUUCCAGCUCGGUGUCGGAGCGCGAGGAGAGCGCCAUGCGGAAGCUCAGCACUACGACCAAGCCCACCGUCAGGGACAGCCGGGGCAGCGGCGGCAGCCCUGGGGGUGCCAACUCCUCCGACGACUUGGGCAAAGGCCCUGGCAACCUGGUCAACUACAACAACUUCCCCGCCCAGGUGGAGGUGCCCAAGAGUGUGGAGACGGAGGCCAACGACAACAGCGGCGCCGCUAAAAACGGCGAGGACGGUGACGGAGACGAUGAGGAGGUUGGUGCCGGUAGCCUGGACAACCCUCUAGGCCUGCGUCCGCUCACCGACCUGGAGAUCGGCAUGUACGCACUGCUGGGGGUCUUCUGUCUGGCCAUCCUCGUCUUCCUGGUCAACUGCAUGUCCUACCUGGUCAAGUUCCGGCACAAGCAGUUGCCCGCGCAGGGCGGCUCGGAGCCGGCGGGCCACCACCACCACCACCGGCACGACUGGGUGUGGCUGGGCACGGACGCCGAGCUGGUGAUGAGCGCACCGGGCAGCCCCAUGCAGCACGAGCAGCACCUCCUCCACCAGCACCACCACGCGCACGCGCAGCAGGCCACCACCGUCAUCGACAUCGACCGCACGGGCAGCCUCGCCCGCAGGGGGCACUGCCCGGCCCUGGGCUCGCCCGCCGUCGCCACCGGCAACACCGUUGCCGCUGUCACCGGAGGGGUGAUGGUGGGAGGUUGCCAGGGGGGCACGUUGGUCCGAGGAGGAGGAGGAGGAGGUGGCGGGGAAGGGCCAGCAGGGUUGGCACGCGGCGAGGCGGUGCACUCGCCCACCAGCAAACGCAAGCGGGUGCAGUUCACCACCUUCGGCUCGCUGGACAGGCAUUCGCCCCACCUGCCGCCGCGUGUGAAUGGUAACGGGGGCAUCCACUGGGUGGGCAAGGAGUCGUCGGACUGCUGCGACGGAGGAGGGGGGGAUGGCGACGGGGAGAGUGAAACCCAAGUGCCCGAUUCAGACUCUCUAGAGCAGCUUUAAUUAACCAUGCAGAGGACCUGGGACGUAGCGUCCAGACAUAAAAAAAAAAAUAAAUAAAUAAAUAAAAACAACUGC